UUGGGGAACCACUCUGAAGUUGUUAAACAAGAAGCUGGUGUGGAUACUGAAAUUCUGUUUUCUAUUCCUCCUACCGGACAAAAAUCUAUAAAGAUGAACUGGAGUACAACUUGGGACCUCUGAGGAGAGCAUGUGUCUGGAUCUGAAGUCAACUUGGGACAUUACUCAGCCUUCAGGAGACGGGUGGCAUUGCUUCUUACCUCAAAGAGAGAUUGCAAGUGCGGAAUGUAUGUUGACGGUCGUUCCCGGCGACUGAAGCGAGAAAUUUGCAGUUCAGAGGUCGGACUGUCUUCCCCCAGUGAGUAACCGCCACUUAGUACUCUCCUGGACUGCUGACGGUGAAGUGAGGCCGACAACAAAGCAGAUAUGGAUGUGUUCGGUGGGGCACCACGUUUCUUGGCCUAUCCAAGACCUGUGGUGGUACAAAGUGGAACUGACGCAGUCCUAAAGUGUCAAAUUGGUGGUGAUCCGAGGCCUGCAGUUAUCUGGGAGCGAAACAAUGAAAAGAUUGACCCACAGGGACGAUACCGGGUCUUUGAGGAUGGAAAUGUUUACAAUCUUAUCAUUUCAGCUGUGACCACAGAGGAUAGUGGCCAGUACAUAUGCAAAGCAAAGAACAGCAUUGGUGAAACAUAUGCAGCUGCCACACUGAAGGUGGAAGGUGAAGCACAAGAGAUGGAGUUACGAGAGGAAAAUAAGCCACGAUUCCUCAUCAAGCCCCUCUCCACUCGCGCCGGUCGUGGGGAUGAUGCUGUCUUCUCUUGUAAGCUCUGGGGAAACCCGCGACCAGAGGUUGUCUGGGAAAAGGAUGGCAGGAAACUCAAUGAAAUAUUUGAAAGCACACAUUUCAAUGUGGGCUUCCAGGACGGUGGAUGGUUCCAGCUCAAGAUCUUUAAGACUCGUGCUCCAGACGGUGGUGUAUAUACAUGCAAAGCCAGAAAUGAGUUUGGGGAAGCAUUGGCAGGAGCUGUGUUGCUGGUUGAUGCAGGCCCAGGACAUGAGGAAGAAGGGAAUCGUAACGGCUACACAAAUGGUCACUGGAAAGGCCAUCAAGGAAAACAGAGGAGUGGUAGGCAAAUGCCAAACCGGCUCAGAGACGACACCAUGACCAAGUCAACUAAAGUGAAAAUGUUUGCAGUGACAGAGGGUAAACAUGCCAAAUUCCGCUGCUUUGUGACUGGGAAACCCAAACCAGAAAUCAUUUGGAGGAAAGAUGGCAGGCUGAUACUGUCUGGAAGGCGUUAUUUGUUAUAUGAGGACAGAGAAGGAUACUUCACACUUAAAGUUCUGUACUGUAAGCAGAAGGAUAAUGGAGUUUAUGUUUGUGCUGCGUCAAAUACUGCCGGACAAACCCUCAGUGCUGUACACCUCUCCGUAAAGGAGCCGCCUGUGCGGUUCAAGCAGCCUCUCAUUGAUCUAGAAGUAUGGGAGCGAGAUUUGGCGAUUCUCGAGUGUGAAGUUCCAGAGGACUCUGUUCCCAUCACAUGGUAUCUGGAGGACAGACGACUGCAGCCAGGGGCCAAAUAUGGAAUGGAGGAGUGGGGAACAAAACGGCGACUAACUAUCCGUGACAUCGGAGUUGACGAUGAUGGGAUUUACCUCUGCGAGAUGCCUGAUGGGGGCAGAAGCAUUGCAGAGGUAGCUGUGAAAGGGACAAUUUUGCGGAAGCUUCCAAGAAAGGUGGAUGUAUUGGAAGGUGAAAAUGCAGCCUUUUGUGUUGAAGUGGAGAAAGAGGAAAUGGACAUACAUUGGUACAAAGAUGCCAUUGAGCUUCGUGAAACGCAUCAGACCAUCCUUAAGUCCUUUGGUCGAACUCAUAUCCUGGUUUUCGUCAAUACAAUGCCCCAAGACUCUGGCCUUGUAACUUUCCUUGUAGGCAGAUCCAAGACUUCCUCUCAGCUAAGAGUGAAAGCGGCCAGACAUUGUCCUCCCAGUUGUCCAGUUGCUGUGCAGAUCAACACAGAGCGUGCUAAUGCAGCUCUUCUCUCAUGGGUUCCUGCUCAGGACUCACGAAAGAACCCUCCAUCUGGAUAUGUGCUUGAACGACAGGAAGUGGGCACUGGCUCACAGGAGUGGCUACAGUGCCUGACUACCGACUCUGCCACCUCUGUAGAGAUUCUUGGUGACAGUGUACCAUGUGAGGCUGAUUAUCGAUUUCGCAUCUGCAGUGUGAACAAGUAUGGGAAGAGCAACAAUGUUGAGUUCCCUAGAGCUGUUCACUUGGUUCCAGUUGCCAGAAUACAAGCUCCCUUACAGGAUGCCUUGGUGCCUGAAGGGCAAGAUGCCCUCUUCUCUAUUGAGCUCUCUGCUUCAGUUAUUGGUACAUGGUUCUUAAAUGGUACUCAGCUUCAGGAAGAUGAAAGAUAUUCCAUGCGUCGGUCACGAACACACCAAUCUCUUCGCAUUCGAGGAGUACGGGAUACAGACAAUGGAGCUGAGAUCACAUUUAUUGCCUAUGGCAUUCGGGAUUCUGCAGCCCUGUACAUUCAAGCUCCUCUCGUGAAGUUUUCACCAAUGUCAGAAAUGGAUCGAAACAAAUUUGUAGAAGUUGGGAUCCCCAUUGUGCUCUACUGUGAGCUGUCGGACCCUGCAGUUCCGGUGCACUGGUACAAAAAUGGGGUGGAAUUACAAACAAUGGAGGGUCUGCAUAUCCAAUCAGAGGGCACCAUGAGGAGAAUUGUCAUCCAAUCAGCAGAGUUCUCACAUUCGGGAGUGUAUUGCUGUGAUGCCAUUGAUGACGUCAUCCGGUUCAAUGUGGAAGUCGAGGCACUACCUGUGAAGUUCUCAGAGCUUCAAGAGAGUGACAGGAGCAAGUCCGUCCAAGAAGGUUCUCCCAUUGUCCUCAGCUGUGAACUGUCUCAUGAUUCUUCUGCUCAUGUCGACUGGUACAAGGAUGGGAUGGAACUCCUCCCACAAAACAAUAUGGAAAUACAGUCAGAUGGUCUAACGAGGACACUGCUCAUCCACUCAGCUGAAAACAUACAUAGUGGCACCUAUGACUGUUCAACAUCAGAUGACACCAUCACGUUUAAAGUGGACGUAGAAGGCCGAUCGCCACAGAUCUUGCCAAUCCCACUGUCAGAAAAAUACAAGAUGAUUGCAGUUGGUUGUCCAAUUAUGCUCCAGUGUGAGGUCUCAGACCCUGUCGCCCAGGUUUCCUGGUUUAAGGAUGAGGUGGAGCUUUUUUGCAGAACUGGCCUUGAUAUGAAAAGAGAUGGCAGCCUGAGAAAAUUAAUCAUUCAUUCUGCUAAAGUCUCCGAUUCUGGCCUCUACAGUUGUAGCCUUGCUGAUGAUGUCGUGACAUACCAUGUGGACAUUGAAGCCACUCCUGUGAGGUUUUCAGCACUUCCAGAUGUCGCAAGAAACAAAUUUGUCGAAGCAGGCUGCCCAAUUAAGCUGCAGUGUGAAGUCUCAGAGCCAACUGCCCAAGUCUAUUGGCACAAGGAUGGAGAGCAACUACUUCCAAAGAGUGAAUAUGAAAUUGAAACAAAAGAACAACUGAGAGCAUUGGUUAUUGCAUCUGCAGAAGUCAGACACUCUGGGGUGUACAGCUGUGAGGCCGCAGAUGACCAUAUAGAAUUCAAGGUGGAUGUUGCAGCGCCACCGGUAACGUUUGCUGAUAUCCCAGAGGAAGACCUUUUCAAGAGUGUUGUGGAACAAGAACAGCUUGUUCUGUCAUGUGAAGUAUCAAGGACUGAUGGUGUUGUCCAGUGGUAUAAAGAUGGAAUUGAAAUGCAACCAAGCAACAAUAUCACAAUGCAAGCAGAGGGCACCAGAAGGAAUUUGACAGUACAUUCAACCCAACUGUCUGACACAGGCACAUACACAUGCCGUGCUGGAGACAACAUUCUAAUGUACAAGGUUACCAUACGAGAACCUCCGGUGUUGAUAAUCUACCCCAAGGAGGAUGUCCACCUGGACCGUCAUGUCCCUGAGGAAAUUAUUCUGAGCUGUGAAUUGUCUCGUCCAAAUGGUGUUGUCAGCUGGUACAAAGACGGCCAAAAGCUGCAGGAGAGUGAGAACAUCAAGCUCAAGGUUGAGGGCCCUUAUCGACGGCUGAAGAUUGUUUCUAGUGGAGUCGAAGAUUCUGGAGAAUACGUCUGUGAUACAGCUGAUGCUUCAAUUUUCUUUCACCUUAGUAUUACAGAACCUCCAGUGCGGAUUGUGUCCCCAAGUCAGUCCCAGAUGGAACUCUGCCAGCAAACCUCUGAGAGGAUGGUAUUGAGCUGUGAGAUCUCACGGCCCAAUGCAGUGGUACGCUGGUAUAGAGACGGACUUGAAGUGGAGGAGAAUGACAACCUUAUCUUAGAGGUGGAUGGUGUCUACAGAAGACUCAUUAUACCUGAAACUACCGUCAGAGAUUCCGCCGAAUACGUCUGUGAUACUGCAGAUGACUCUGUCACAUUCUUUGUCAACAUAGCAGAGCCUCCUGUUCGCUUUGUACGUCCAAGGAAGAUGGCAUGUAGAGUUGACAAAAUGGCUGGGGAGACUCUGGUUCUUGACUGUGAGGUUUCUAGAUCAAAUGCCGAAGUCACCUGGAAGAAGAAUGGGGAAGAGGUAGAAGACUCCAGAAAUAUCACCAUCCUUGAGGAUGGUGUCAUGCGCCAAUUAACUGUUCACUCACUAACAGUGGAGGAUGCUGGGCAAUACGUCUGUGAUGCAAAGGAUGAUGUGAUGGAUUUUUACGUAAACGUGCAAGAGUUGCCUGUAAAAAUUAUUGGAAAAACUGAUGCAAAAACUGAAAAGCAGUUCUUGGUAUCAGAUGACAUUAUUCUAGUGUGUGAACUGUCAAGAUCCAGUGCCUCAGUCAGUUGGUACAAAGACAAUCAGCUAAUUGAUGACACUGAGCGAUACUGCAGUGAGGAACAAGGUGUUUUCCGAUCACUGGUUGUCCUAAAUGCUGGGCUUGAAGAUUCGGGAGAGUACACCUGUGAUGCGGUGGAUGAUAGGAUGGUCUUCUACAUCACUGUCAAAGAGCCUCCAGUACAGAUCAUUGGAAACUCAGGCCACCCAGAGCAUCAUAUCCUGGUAGCAGGGGAUGAUCUUAUUUUGGAGUGUGAGGUGUCUCGGCCAAAUGCCACCGUUCAGUGGUUAUGGAAUGGCAAGACGCUGAAACCAGACACUCGUAUAAAAAUUGACAGCUAUGACGUUGUGAGGAAGCUUGUUCUCUCUGGACUUCAGCCAUCAGACUCUGGAAAAUACGUUUGUGAUGCCUUUGAUGAUAAAUUGACAACAAUUGUUGAGGUCCAAGAGCUACCAGCAGUGUUUGAGAAUAAAAAAGCAAAUAAUAAUGUCUCAGCCUACGAAAAUGAGAGUGUUACGCUGUGUGCCGUUGUGAGCCGGGAAAGAUCUAAUGUUCGGUGGCUGAAAGAUGGCCAACUAUUGAACGGGGACAACAUUCACAUCUCCAGUGAGGGUAAUACCCACAAGCUCACCAUUAAUCCCCUGCAGCUGUCAGAUUCUGGAGAAUAUGUCUGUGACGUAAAGACAGAUGAGAUGUAUUUCAGUCUUUUAGUCAAAGAAAUGAAGUUGAAAUUUGUCAGACCGCUGGAGAACGUAGUGUCUCUGAAGGGCAGCAGCCUUAUAUUACGAUGUGAGAUCAACAAGCCCAAAGGAGAUGUCCAGUGGCUCAAAGACGGCCAAGAAAUCUCUCCAAGCCGUCGGCACACAAUACGGGCACAAGGUCGAGAGCGAAGCUUUACCAUCCACCAACUGGUGGAAGAAGAUGCUGGAGAAUAUACUUGUGAAUCCACAGAUGACAGGACGUCAGCAACUGUCACUGUAGAAACUCCUCGUGUUGUUGAGUUCAUAGCAGAGCUUCGUAACAUCACGGUCCGCGAAGGAGAAGAUGCAGUAUUUAAGUGUGUGGUUUCGCCAGAGGACACUCGGUUGGUGUGGUGCUUAAAUGGCAAGCAAGUAGCCCUGAAUGAGCGCACUGUCACUUCAAGUAAUGGACUAUGCCACAUGCUCUGCAUCCACAACUGCAUGGUUUCAGAUAGCGGCAGAGUGACAGCUGAUGCAGAAGGGUUGGUAUCAGAGGCAGAGCUCCAGAUUCAAGAGCAACAGGUGAUGUUCACCAAGAAAAUGACACCAGUUAAUGCAGAAGAGUACAGUGAGGCUUCUCUAGAGGUGGAGGUGAGUCUGGAUUCAGGAGAGGUUCAGUGGAUGAGGCAAGGUGUCCUGAUCCACCCUGGAGCCAAGUACACCCUGAAACACAAAGGCCAAAAACACGGUCUCACCAUCCACAAACUUGCCAUGUCUGACCGGGGCACCUACAGCUGUGAAACCCUUCAUGACCGCACGCAAGCACAGCUCACAGUGGAACCUCGAAAGAUCACAAUCAAGAGAGGGCUGACUGACGUUAAAACCACAGAGAGAGAAACGGCAUCUUUUGAGGUGGAGCUCUCCCAUCCCAAUGUCGCAGGCACCUGGACGAGAAACGCAAUCCAGCUUAAGCCGACAAAUCACUUCCGUAUGAGUGCCAAAGGAAAAGUCCACAGCCUCACUAUCUCUAACCUAUCAGUUGAAGACACUGGCACCUUUAUGUUCUGUGUUGAGAAUCUGAAGACGUCUGCAAGGCUUGUUGUGAAGGAGCCCCCAGUGAGCGUCCUCAGAAAGCUGGAAGACCAGAAAUUCCCUGACGGGGCAGUAAUCUCUCUUGAGUGUGAGCUGUCAAGACACAAUGUCGAUGUGAAAUGGAUAAAGAAUGGGUUUGAGGUGAAGCCAAGCAAGGACUUGCGCAUUUAUGCAAUGGGAAGGAAACGGUUUCUCCAGAUCAUGAAAUGUCAUGUCAGUGAUUCUGGCAUGUACACCUGUGAUGCUGGAGAUGCUACUACAUCCUGCACUGUGGAGGUCUACGAGCGUGAGCUGCAGAUCCUGCAGGGCCUGGAGGACCUGGACAUCCAGGAGGAUCAGAAUGCAGUGUUUGUGUGUGAGGUCUCAGUGCCGGAUGUGCCAGGAGAAUGGUACAAAAAUGGGGAGAGGAUACAACCCACCAGCACCAUCAAGAUCCGGCAGGAAGGGACCAAACAUUUUCUUCUUAUGUGCAAUGUGCGAGCAGAGGACUCUGGAGAGAUCAAGUUUAUCACCAGACAUGUUGAAUGUAUCGCUUACCUGGAGGUGGAAGAGCUUCCUGUCAACAUUGUGAAACCUCUGCAGGAUACGACCGCCCUUGAGAAGAGCCGUGUGCUCCUGGACUGCACUGUGUCUAAUCCCAGAUGUAGUAUCCGCUGGUACAAAGGCGCCAAUGUCAUCCUGCCCUCUGAGCGCUUUGAGAUCUGCAGUGAAGGCUGUUAUCGCAAACUGAUCAUCCAGCAGGUGGUGCUAGAUGAUGAGGGCAUGUACAGUGUGCAGGUUGGAGAGUAUACAUGCUCUGCAAAACUGACUGUAGUGGCCCAGUCACAGUUAAUGGUCAGAGAGCUGAAGGAUGUGGAGGUCAUGGCCCCUGAUGAGGCUUGCUUUGAGUGUGAGGUUGCAGUCCCUGUCCCCAAAGCUCCUGUGUGGAGUCUGAAUGGAGAGCCCUUGCAGCCGAGCUCUCAGGUACUCAUGGAGAAGAUGGGCACGGUCCACAGGCUGACCCUCAGACAAACCUCCCCGGACAUGAAUGGAGUGGUGGAGUUCACCUUUGGGAAAGCAAAGAGCAGUGCCCAGCUCCGGGUUCUAAGUGAUCCGUGAGUGACAUCUUCUGUCUGUCAUCACCCACUGACAUGGACUGAUUACUGUAUUGAUGCUUUUUAAUUGUAACACUGACAUCGCUUAUAUAUUUUACAAAACAGUAUGUCUAUAAAAUUGGUUUAAACAGGGUCGUGAUGGAUUUUCAUGCAGUUCAGUUCAAAUUUGGGGAGUGGAUUUUCUUUCAGUAACUCGUCUUUGAGAAUUUUUGAAAAUUUCUGUUCAUAUAUCAAUAUCAUAGUCAGUGUGUGAAUACAUUUGAAAGAGUUCCUUUACCAUAAUACAAAUUGCAGUUUGGAUGUAAAUAAUGUGUGUAAGUGGUCUGACUGUAACCAUGUCACAGACGCUAAAGCUGAAUGUGUAUUUGUGCCCAUAAAUAUCUGAUUUGUAAAGAUUAAAUGAGUGGGAAGAGCUACAUGGUUAGAAUGAUACAAGAAUGGAAAGUUAAGUGUUCUUCAUUGUUUGAAUUAAAUCCACCCACAUGUGUAAAGACAUUUUGCUUAAUAGGGUCAUUUCUGAGGCCAAAUUCUGAUGUAGAGCAAAUUGAAUCUCUAAAAUGUAUAAUCAUCUUUGUCAUAUUCAUCUGAAUCUUGUGAGGGCUGCAUACACACACUAAAUGUGCAUGUGCUUGUGACAUUUUAAGAUGUUUCCCAUACAGUAUCUUUAACCAUGGUUGACUUACAGAGUACAUGUGCCUACAGUGUGCCAUUUAUUAAGCAAUAUAAUCUCAUUUGCACUCAGUGUAAUGUUCCCAUAUAUCAGAGCAUGGGUUUGUGUGGCUGUUGUGACAAUGACUCAGAUUUUUGGUCUUAGUUUUCAGUAAUGGCACUUACGAAACACAAUGAUAGUUUCCAGCCGUGUAUCCAUAUCAAAUUUAGAUUUUAGAACAGAUCAUCCAAGCACCAGUUAACAUCUCUUUUCAUCAUGUGUCAGUUGUAUAGAAAUUGUUUUUUAUGUUUCGAUGAAAUUUGAAUGAAGAGAGUUCUGUCUUGCAGCAAAGGGCUUGUAAUGUAAAUACAUUGGGCCAAAAAUCAGGUAAUUACGGAAAGAAAUAGGUUGAGAAAUUACUUGAUCACCUUGAUUGAUAAUCAGGGCAUGCUAGUUUUAUUGU